UGAGGUAGAAGAGCGGCAGGCAGGAGUGAGCUCUGUUAGCUCACAGUUAGCCCAUUGCCGCUGUGGUAAAGUAUUAUCUGUCAGCUAGCUGCUAGUAGCAGCUGCCAAAAGUGAGCUGUUCACAAAGCAGGAGACGAAACUUCAGUGACUUUGAGACUUUUUCCUGUGCCUACUGCUGGAUUAUACAUUUAUUGUGGAACUCUCAGGGGUUUGUUUACAUCAUGAAGUCGCAGAUGCUGGUACCAAGGUAGGGGAAGUGGCUAACGUUAGCUACACAGCUACUGGUUGAGAACCACAUCCAUAGCUGAGUGUGUUGAGACCGGCUCUGCCUCAGACUAAAGUACCGGUGGAAGCUGCUCUACACGGACUGGAACCGGGGCCUGUUUCCGACAGGCCGACCAGUGGUGGAGGAGGCCGGUGGAGGGGAGCGCUUUUCGUCUGGUGUGGGUUGUGACUACACCACGGAACAUUUGUGGAGUUUCGGAGGGUCUGGCCUCGGUGGGGACUCUUUAGUCCGCUAAGAUGAACAGGAACUGUGUGGAAAUGACCUCUGACGGGACGUGUCUGUGUCACAUCCGUCAGUUGUGAAUUACUGUGAAGUUUCAUAGUUUCACCAGGACAUAGACAGACCCUACUUUCAUGCUGUGAACAUGUCGAAAAUGCCUGCGAAGAAGAAAAGUUGUUUCCAGAUCACGAGUGUGACCCAAGCUCAGGUGGCGGCCAGUAGCAUCACAGACGACACCGAGAGUCUGGAGGACCCGGAUGAGUCCCGGACGGAGGACGUGUCUUCAGAAAUAUUUGACGUUUCCCGAGCCGACCAGGGUGUGUGUGAGCGGAGUUCAUCUGAGGAGACUUUAAACACCGGGGUAGAGCAGCAGGAGGUCCAGGCGGCCCCCACAGGUCCCACCAACGGGGGACCUGCAUCUAAAAGUACAGGCACUGGUCGGACCACCCCACAUAGUUUAGGAGGAAAUGUGCCUGUCCCAGGUCCAGCCUUUGUCCCCAGUCCAGUCCCCACUCUGUCCAGUAGUGUCUGUCCCACAGCUCCAGUCAGCAGCAGUUGUAGUUCCCGUUUCAGGGUGAUUAAGCUUGACCAUGGCACUGGAGAACCCUUCAGACGGGGCCGAUGGACAUGUACUGAUUUUUACGAGAGAGAUUCAGAUUCAAGUAGAACUGUGGACAGCAUUAAACCAAAUGUAAGUCAUGAUCCCACUGUGGAUGGGGACAGUGGGCUGGGGACCACCUGUAACUCUGUGGUUACUUCUAGUGCUUUUUCUGCACAGGCUGUGGACAACACUGUAGAAAGUGGACACUUAGUCACACAGCCCAACCCUUCAGAGCCUCUGCAACAAAGCUACAGGUUGAUUCCUCAAAUAGGGAGUGUAACAAGUGCCUUCCAGCCAACAGGGUAUGCAACGACAGCAUCACAGAAACCACAGGCCAACAUAAAGCAGCCUGUUGCUCCUCAGACUUUUAUGUCCAACAGUCUCAAUGGUGUCCAACAAGGUGCCGUGCAGCAGAAGUCUCCUGUUGUGCCUCCUGCCACACAGGCUCAGGAGUAUGCCUACUCUACUCAUACUAUUGGUUUGUCAUCUGGCCAGCAUUUUGGUUCAAGCACUCAGAACUUUCCUGUGACAUCUGUUUCUGUGGGGCCCCCGACCAGCCAGGGACCCUCCCCUCUAGUCACCUCUGCUGGUCCUGGAGGCCAAGGACGGGGCAUUUCUGCUCAGGUCGGGGAUGGAGCCUUAGCACCAGGUCUCCACUUGCAAGUGACCAAUCCCCCAGUUUUAGCCCCCAUCCUACCAGGAAGUGGCCAACAGCAGCCUGCCAGCCAGACCCAACCCUUAGGAGGCUUAAGUGUUGCUCCUGUACCUUGUGUCACCACCACCCACAGCAGUGUCCAGAAUGUGCCUGCCACAGUGCCCAGUACCAACAACAUCCCCAUGGGUUUGCCAAGUCUGAUGCCUGGUACGGUAGGACUUGUCCGGCCCCAGGGGGCCCACAGUGGGGCCACAACAGGUCAUCCCAGCGUCAGUAACCAGACAGAAGAUAGAGGGCAGAAGUCUGAUCUCCUACCUCAGUCCAGUGCUGGUGUGGUGCCAGGGAAAGACAGUGUAAAGCCUUUCAUCACUGAGCGUCUCACUCUGCCUGCUCCUGCUGUCAACACCCUGUUUGGCAUUCCCAUUAGCAUGGAUGGAGAUGACGACAGUUCAUCUGGUGCCAGUGUUGUUGCCAUCGAUAACAAGAUCGAACAGGCUAUGGACUUAGUGAAGAGUCAUCUGAUGUACGCUGUCCGCGAGGAGGUGGAGGUUCUGAAGGAGCAGAUCAAGGAGCUGUAUGAGAGAAACUCUGUUUUAGAGCGUGAGAACGCCGUUCUGAAAUCACUCGCCAACUCAGAGCAGCUGGGUCAGCUGUCCAAUCAGCUGAGUCAGAGCAGCAGCACGCCGUCACUGCUACAACAGCAGCAGCAACAACAUCCGGCUUCAACGAACAACAACAGCACCAGCCAUGCCCACUAUGAGGGUGUCCAGAGUGUCCCACACCAGCCCAACAUCACCUCAGCAUGAGGCCACACCCCCCAGACACAUGCAGACACGCCUCCCACAGACGGAGCAGAGGAUCUGAUUAGGACAGACACAGGAGGUCCUCUCCAUGGUGAAGGUCUUCUCAGCUCUUUGUUUCCUCUGCUCCAUUUAAAGACUGAUCGUCCUCAGAGCCCUGCUUCAGUGUGUGUGUGUGUGUGUGUGUGUGUGUGUGUGUGUGUGUGUGUGUGUGUGCGUGUGCGCGCGCGCUCCAUCCCCUGGCCUAUGCAUCAGGAGGACAUCUACCGCUGGACAGUCUUCUUCUGCUCCUGUGCCCCAGUAGAGGAGCGAACAGUGACCCAUAGCACAAUUUGCUGCUGUUGUGUAGGAGAUGGGGUCAAAGGUCACAGACAACUGGUUUUGUUGGGGCAAGUGCUGAACAGGGGGCAACACAGCUUUGCUAGGGGCCCGUGUAGCCCCACCCCCCACAUCGGUGAGGGCCGGAAAGCCCAGGGGGAGGGGAGGUGGGGCCUAAACCCCCAUGAAUGGAGGAGGCGGAGCAGGAGGUGGAGCAGGAGUCCAUCAUCCUCAGGCCCUGUGUUGUUUUCUGCAUCAGAAGAGUGUCGUUUAGUCGGAGCCUCCGUCCUUUAAUGAGUUUUUGUUUUCAUUAGUUCAGUUGUAGUAUUUGCAUUUAUUUAUUUCAGGGCUGCUAUUUUCAGAAUCUAAAAAUGAACAAUGU